AUGCGCUCUCAGAGCGCGUGGGAGGACACGACACCCCUGGCCCUCCGGGGUCCCCACCUGGGAGACCGCUCACCCGGAGACCCAGGCUUCCUGAUCCUGCCGGGUGAGCGGCUGGAGGAUCGGGAGCUGCCGCAGCGGAUCACCAGCGAGGUGCGAGAUGUGAGGUUGGGAUGGGCCUUCGAGUCCCUUGAGGCUGCUGCAAGCCGUGCUGAGGGCAUCUCUGCUGGAUCCUACACUGGGCCGCCGGCCGUGCUGACUGAGCCUUCCGAGGCUUCUACUUGGGACGCGGUGCUCCAUCCUCCGUCCGUGCAAGAGCCCUACGUGCUUGGAACGCUGGCUGUUGGGCUGGGGCAGUUCUCGAAGGAGGAUGGCAGUUCCACAGCACACCCAGUUUUUAGACCAAGGGUCCAGCACGAGAAGUGGACGAUGGAGACAUUUGUGAUGCCCAUCAUGGCGCGGAAUUCAGGCUGUCUCUUGGCUAUCCCCGACGGGGUUUUUCCAAAAGAGAUGUUUACUACAGGCAAUUUGGCUCGGCCGGAGGACUUUGUCGGUCCUUCGACCAGGGUCUCAGUUCCUAUGAGCUACGAGGAGGACGACGGCACGGAAGUAUCAGCACAGAUGGAGGAGAACAUCCUGCUCACCGACUUCCACAAGAAUGUGACGGACUCCAUCCGAGGCUUCGACCCUGUCACAGAGGGGCCAGGGAUCCGGCGUGCCUGCAGUGAAGGGCAAGGCGAAGGCUUCCCCUGGUGGGGCUUCGGGUCAGAAGAGACGGCGGGACUCCAGACAGAGGGCCUACGCCAAGAGUCAGAGCCCUUCCAAAUGCUCAGCUACCAACUGGACAACUACAACCACCGACUCUGCACUGUCUACGUUGGUUGCUCACCUCGUGGCUAUGGGGGUUCCUCCUCCUCCCUCUCGCUGAAAGGCUCGGCCAAGAGAGAGAAGCUUUUGAUGGAUUUCUCCAACCGGAAAGGCGACUUCCUCCUCAAGAUCUGCGACAUGAUGAUCAGAAAGGAGCUCAAGAGGUUGGCGCUGGCCUUGGUCACCAUCGAGCAGGUUGCCCAGGAUGGCGACUUGGAGCUGCCUAUUGGCCGCCCGGUGCUCGAAGUCACGCGAGGCAAAGGGACAAGCUGCUGGACAGUUUCACGCAGUGGGUGGGAUCCAGAGGGGUCUCAGCGCAUGAAGUCCUUAUGGCCACCACCCCUCAUGCUAGAGCAGUGUGGCCGUGAGCUAUACAGGGCACUACGCAGAGACGGUGAACGCCGUCCAGAGCAGAAGAUGUCGGCUGAGGAGGUGCUUGCAGCCGGCGUGGGACCUGGCCUACGCCUGGCUCUGACAGGAGCCCCCAAGCCAUCACUUGGCUUCCACGCCAAGCGCUCCUGUCUCUCCUCACGUCGGCAUGGAUGUGGGGAUGGAGCAGGGAAGCCCUUUCCUGGGGUGAUCGAAGUUGCCUUUGCGCAUUUGGCAGAGCCAGAAGCUAUGGCCGGCGUCCGGCCAGACGAUGAGAAUCUCCAAGGGCAUCGAUAUGGGCUCUCUAAGAGCCGGUGGAGCCUCCUGGCUCUUGAUGGCCAGCGAGGACAGCAAGCUGACAAGACGAAGAGGCAGGUGAAGUCGAAGAUUCUCCAAGGUGUGGCACUUAUUCCGUGGGCCCUCCAACUAGCCCUACGGUGGCGCAGAGCAGCCAUUCCAGACUCGGCGUGGCCUGUUCUGUUUGAGAAAGCUGCGCGUGACUUUGAGCUGAAGUCCUUGGGAGGCAAUGACUGGGUGAUGGAGAAGUUUCGAUGGCUGUUUUUGGACAGCACUGAGAAGGCCGUGGCAGGGCAGCCCUUUCGCACCGUCUUGCUGGCACGGGACUCGCGGGGGCGCCAGGCGAGGCCCGCGGCCUGUGAUGCCUUGCGAGCUUCUUUGCCGUUGGCUUGGCGCUUGGGGCAGCUGGAAUUUCACAUCGAGAAUGAGCUGGCGGAGGUCAUAGAUGCUGAAGUUCGCAUAGAAAGCCCUGACCCAGAGGAUCAAUUUGGGAACCUGACGCCAUUGAACCGGUCUGUGGGAGGCCAGCUGAUGUUGCGCAGCUCUGCUCAGCGCAAUGCUAUGGAGAUGAGGCCGUCCACUGGGCUACUCUCGAUGCGGGGGACUGGUGAGGCGCAGGUCUUUCUCACGGCCUUGCGCCCGGGUCAUGUGGAGAUCUGGGUGGAGCAGGCCACCGGUGGCGUUUGGUUUCGAGCUGUCACGACGUCGAUGUCAUUGGAACGUGCCAGGCCCCGGCUGCGUUUCCGUGCCGUCUGGGUCGACUCAGUGGUUCUGCGCCAAGCCGGGCAAAGCCGGGGUGCUUUGCCGGACAAAGCCAUGGAAUACUGUGGAAUGGGUGGAUGCAUGGAAUUGUCGAAAGCAUCGCCAAGCGACAUGCAAUGGCAGGCGAAAGCGGACGAGGUGCGCGAGGCAUUCCUUCAUGCCUGGAAGGGCUAUGAGAGGUAUGCUUGGGGGAAGGAUGAGUUGCAGCCGGUGUCACGGCUCGGGCGCAACACCUUCGGUGGUCUUGGCCUCACCAUCCUGGACUCCCUGACCACACUGUGGCUCAUGGGCUUCGACGAAGCCUUCGAGAAGGGCUUGAGGUUCGUGAAGGAUGACCUUGACUUUGACAACGCAGACUCGGAUGUGUCGGUCUUCGAACUCACCAUCCGUGCGCUGGGAGGUCUGCUCGGGGCGCACACGCUCUCUGGCAAAGAGAUCUUCCUGGAGCGAGCACAAGAACUGGGAGGCCGCCUCCUGCCGGCCUUCCAGUCACCCUCCAGGAUGCCCUGGCCGACGGUGAACCUCGCACGGGGCACCAGCAAGACGAGCACUCAGCCAGUCAUCCUGUCCGAGGCUGGCAGCUUGCAGGUAGAAUUUCGCAGCCUGACAGCAAGGACAGGAGACGCUCGUUUUCGACGUGCAGCUGACAAAGCUUUUCAGGCCGUCCAAUCCGUUGGCAUUCCUGGAAUACUACCUGUCUUUCUCUCUCCACCAGGGAUGGCAAAAGUACAGGCAGUGGCCUCAAAGUUUGCUUUUGGGGCUCUGGCAGACUCCUACUACGAGUACCUGCUAAAGCAAUGGCUUCAGAGGCCGUCGGAGAAGAACUUCAAGGAGCUCUUUUUGGAGGUCAUGGAUGCUUUACCCGGCAUCGUACGGCCAUCUCCUUCAGCCAGCGAAACAGAGCAGAUGGCCGGGUUUUGGGGGACACCAGCAGACCGGGGGGACCGGGGGAAACCAGCGGACCUACUGGACCACCUUAGUUGCUUUGCUCCCGGAUUGAUCGCGCUUGGGCUGAUGGAACUGCCUCAGCAUGACCUGGUGGAGAAGGGUCGCAAUGCCACCUGGUGGCGCUUAGCCGAAGGCUUGACGGCCUCAUGCUUUGAGCUUUGGGCCUCCUCAGCCACCGGCUUGGCUCCCGAGUUCAGCAAGGCGGAGUCGUUGUUCUACCUCUAUCGCUUGACGGGCGAUGAAAAGUAUCGCCGUUGGGGUAGCAAGCUCUUCCAAGCAAUCCUCAACCAUGCCAAGGUUCCACACGGCUUCUCAUCCGUGCGCGACGUAAAGGCAGUCAGAGGGUGUGCUGGAAUGGUCGUGCGGCGUUUGAAAUGGGCUUGUCAUGUUCCUUUCGCAGUGCACCACCGACCCUUGAUUCUAUGCUUCACAGACCUCUAUCAUGUUCCAUACAUGGAGAGCUAUUUAGUCCCACCCGCUGGCCUGUUGAGUAUGGCCAGCAGCGCCAGCAGAGGAGAGAGGAGAGGUUUCGUGCUUUCAACAUUUCUAAAGAAUGAAAACACCUGCCUUGUGCAGUUCUGA